CGCUGACCAAUCAGAGCGAAAAUACCCUUGACUUCCUGCUUUAGGUCUCUGAGCCCUUAGAAUAAUGCUGGGAAUAAUAAUAAACGGACGGGUGGCUGAUGUUUGUAAAGCACGGGAUCGAUGAAGACUCACUGCACAGGCAUUAGACUACAGAGGGGCCGAUGAUGGCCGGGUCGCUGCUGUGGGCGGUGGAUGUGUACGGGCGGGUGUUCAGCCUGUCGACCGCUAGAGGGCGCUGGAGGCUCGCUGCCGAUAUAGUGCUAGAGCUGAAGCGCGUGACGGGCUCUCAACAGUGCUGCUGGGGCAUUGGAUGCGACCAUCAUGUUUAUCUCAAUGUGUAUCCCAGUCGUGUGCCUAUACGCCACCAGGAAGAGACCUAUGAAAACCAGAGAUGGAACCCAGUUGACGGUUACACGGACACACUCCUCCCGACAGACCGCUGGCAGUGGACAGAUGAGUCCGGCUCCAACCCACAGCCUCUUCACAGCUUUGAGCUGCCGUCUGCUAACUGGGAGUGGGAGGGCGACUGGUACGUGGAUGAUGAAAGCUGUGGGAGAGAAUCCACUGAGACUGGGGGGUGGGAGUAUGCAGUGGACUUCCCUGCCACCUUCACCAAAGAGAAGAAGUGGAAUUCAUGUGUCCGUCGCAGGCGAUGGCUUCGCUACAGGAGAUAUAAAGCUCUGGGAUCAUGGGCCAAGGUGCCUUUGGACCGGGGCAGACCUCCGCCAGAGCCCUUCACUGACAUCAGCUGUGGAGGAUGGGACAUGAGUGACAGCCCUGAGAAGCACAUUUACCUGUGGGCCGUGUCCCAACAAGGGAAGCUGUGGUUCCGCUCAGGCAUCAGGCAGCAGAACCCGGAGGGGACGCGCUGGGACGCCAUCCAGGUGCCCAGAGAGGUGGCACAGGUCAGCGCCGGGCCGAAAGACCUGCUUUGGGCCGUUCUCUGGGAUGGACAACUGCUGGUCAGGACGGGCAUCAGUAAAGACUGCCCUAAAGGCUCAUCGUGGGAUUUAGUUCAGUCUCCAAAUCAGAAAGGAGCUGUUCAUGUUGCAGUGGGCAUAGGUGUCGUUUGGGCCGUUACUAAGGACAACAAAGUCUGGUUCAGACGAGGUGUGAAUUCCCACAAUCCCACUGGCUCAGGCUGGAUCAGCAUUGGUGGAGAGAUGGUGAUGCUCAGUGUGGGGCCCAAUGACCAGGUGUGGGGUGUUGGGAGCGAUGAUCGGACUGUGUAUUUUCGUCAUGGCGUGACAGGCACAGAGGUCACUGGAAGGUCAUGGGUCGCAGUGUCAGCCCAGCUUGAUGGCACAAAUCAUUCCAGUGUCCCCGUGCACAGUGAUGCCAGUGUGUUCGGUGGUGAGGUCACCGCUCCUUCCCAGGGUUCCGUUCUGAGCUGUGAUGACACGGACAUUCCGAAGCCACGUGUCCCGAAGAUCACGAGUGACAGCUUUAUCUCUGCGCUGGUGUCUGAUCGCUCCGCUCCAAUGCACGACCCGCCCUCUGCAGUGCACCCCAGUGUUCCUGAGGGAAACCAGGUGACCGGCCAAGAGUCCGAUUCCUCUGUCCUGACCCCGACACUUCCGAGUAGCCCAUCUGAUGGUGGCGACACACCAUGGAGCAAUGUAGACCUGGAGGAGAUGAAGGGCUCUGUUCCCAGCAGCGCUCGGAGCUCAGUGGCCACGUACCCCAUCGAGUUGCAGCAGAACACGGUAGUGCAGGAGGAAACGCCGCCCUGGGCCUGGGUAACCGGUGGAGGAUGUGACAUCCAUUCCAGCUCACAUGUCGACUGGUUUAACACCUCAGAUACCGGGCCUCUCUCUCCACCCAUCACACCUGCCCUCGGUGCUGUAGACACAAAACGAGGCCAACAAGACGCCCCCAAAGAGAAGUCUGUGCGUGUGACGAAAGGUCGUAUGUGUUGGUGGAGGGACUGGCCGCCACAUCAGUGGGAGGAUGUCAGCGUGACGCUGGAGCAGGUCACCGGUGCCGGAGCUCAGACAGGAGACAUACUUUACCUCUACUACACUCACGGCCUGGAGAAGAAGUAUCUGUAUGCUGCGAUAAAGGAGGUGACGGCCCUGGUGCCCGUGCUCAGGGACUCUCUUUACACUAUGGCUGUUUACACACCAGAGAGGACCAAACAGAGAAGCCCCAUCUUACUGGCAACUCCGUCACAUCAUGACUUCAGUACUUGGCUGUCUUUGUUGAGCGAGUCGUGUUGUGAGUCGAGGGGUCUUGGAGAGCAUCCGUCCAAACAGGCACUGUGGGCUGUGACAUGUAAAGGUGACGUCAUGGUGCAUGAGCCGUCACCCACCUUGGAGGCGCCGGCGCAGUACUUACCCUGCGAUCACAUGUUCUGGCGUCAGGUUCCUGCUCAUCUGCUGUGUGUGGAGUCUAACAGUCUGGGUGUGGUGUGGGGCAUUGGUCACGAUCACACAGCCUGGGUCUACACAGGGGGCGGCAAGGGACCAUCGGCUCAGGGAAAUGAAAUAAGUGAUGUGAGAAAUGUGUACAUCUAUGAGAACCAGCGCUGGAACCCAAUGGCAGGAUACACAGACAAGGGUCUUCCAACAGAUCGUUAUAUGUGGAGCGAUGCUUCGGGUCUGAGAGAGUGCACUAAAGACAACACCAGCCCUCCCUCACUGCAGUGGACAUGGGUCUCUGAUUGGGCCGUAGACUACAGUGUCUCGGGAGGGACAGAUAAAGAGGGCUGGCAGUAUGCUGCAGAUUUCCCUGUGACCUUUCACGGUUAUAAGACAAUGAAGGAUUUUGUGCGGCGCAGACGGUGGGCUAGGAAGUGUAAGAUCAGCCUUACUGGCCCCUGGCAGAAGGUUGCUCCGAUCCCUCUGACUGACGUCACCAUCCUGCCGUGUCUGGCUCAGUGCAGCCUGGAGCAGGUUCCUGUGUGGGCCAUCAGUGAGAAGGGAGAUGUGCUGUGCCGUCUGGGAGUCACCACCAACAACCCAGCUGGCAACUCCUGGCUCCAUGUGGGGACAGACCAGCCCUUCAAGUCCAUUUGCAUAGGAGGAGGCCACCAGGUGUGGGCCAUCGCCAGGGACGGUGCCGUCUUCUACCGGGGCUCCGUGUCUGCCCACAAUCCAGCUGGUGAGUGUUGGUACCACAUCCCAUCUCCUCCAAGGCAGAUGCUGAAACAGGUGUCUGUGGGCAGGACCUCCGUUUAUGCUGUGGAUGAAAACAGUAAUCUGUGGUACAGACAGGGUUUGACACCCAGCUAUCCUCAGGGUUCUGCAUGGGAACUCAUCUCCAGUAAUGUGUGCAAGGUGACCGUUGGACCACUGGACCAGGUUUGGAUAAUUGCUGAUAAAGUGGCAGGUUAUCCAUUAGAAAGCUCAGGAACUGUAUGCCACAGACUGGGAGUGAAGCCCAUGCAGCCGAAAGGCCUGAGCUGGGACUUUGGUAUCGGGGGCGGCUGGGAGCACCUGUCUGUGAGAGGGAACUCUUUAGAGGCUCAGCGCAUGGCACAGCGCAGUCCAAUGCCCAGUCGGACUCAGAGUCAGGUGAACGGGAAUGCUGUGAGCUGCUAGUCAUUUUGCUCACCCGAUACCAUCAUCAUCAACUUCAUCAUGCUUGAAUGCAUGUCCCAGCUUGCUGUUCUUGACACCCUUCCUGUCUCUGUGCCCAGUGCCCUUCCAACCAAAUGUGACUUUUUUUUUUCUUUUCUACUUGCCUGAAUAACAAACUUUCACUUCUGUGAAAAUAAGCUUCUGGGUGUGACUGAACUUCUUUUGAUUUCUGUACAUGUGUUGAAUCACCCGACCCACUGAUAUCACUUUGUUUUGAGCAUGUCACAUUUUCUUUUUUCUGUAACCUGUAGAUGCCCAUUUUCUGUUAUUGGUUUGAUUAUAUUAUUUUAAAAUAAUAUAAAUAGUCCACUUACAUAAUCAGAGACAGUGCUGUAUAUGUGGACACAACUUCCCUACUGUGAUCUUUCUUUGGACAUGCUUUUUUCUCCAAUAAAGAUCUGUUAAAAAGCA